CUCAACGGUAGUUCUUAACACUACGGAUGCAAUAUACUUUCGGCCGCACGUAUUUUUUCGCGGCGCUGUUCCGUCCCGGAUGCAGGAAGACCGUUUUCGUCUCUGCCCUUAACUUUCCCCAUUCAUUCUCAACGGUAGUUCUUAACGUUGCGGGUGUAAUAUAGUUCAGGCCACACGAUGAUGUCGUGGCGCUGUUCCGUCCUGAAUGAAUGAAUCAUCAUCGCCUCUACAGUACUUAACCGCGAAGCUACCUGUACGACCGACAUUGCCUCCCGCGAAUCAUUUCACUCACCUGUCUCAGCACUUACGUUUCGGUGAUCACCAUGCAGAGGCCUGUAAAUUUUUUCCCAGGAAAGAAGGAGGUGUGCUUCAGAAGAGGCCCCUCCGGCCAUUUACGGCAGGACCCGUCUGAUGAGGCUGCAAAGAUCAAACGCAACCCCUCUCUGCAGGACAAGUCCCGACCUUUGAAGGAAGGAGAUGUGAAAGAUAAUGCCUACACUGUGGUCUUUCAGAGGGGAGGGGAUGUGUCUGAUAAGCAGGAGGUGUUGGGAGAGUAUGUGCUACAGUUUGGGAAGUACAAAGGUAAAUCCUUCAGAUGGCUUCUGGAAAAUGAUGUUGGAUAUACCAUAUAUCUUCUGAACAAGGUUGAAGAGGAGGAGAAGGCAGGAACCUUCAGCCCCGAGGGCCACAGCAAGGACAGUCUGCUGUCCUUCAUUGGUUAUGCCAGGAGUUUUAAAGACAUUGAAGACCUCAGACAGUAUCUGUCUUCCAGACGGCCUGCGCCCUCAGUGUCGUCAGAGGGCGACAACCUUGUCGGGUUUGGAGCCCGGGCCAAAAACACCUGGCAGCAGAUCUGGGAUAGUAGGGCUGAUGGCUAUGCGGCUUUCAUCUUAGGCAAGCAGUGCGUUAAAAACAGUCAAAUGUACAAACUGCAGCAAUACCUCCUGAAGCAGCAUUCCCUGCAGGGUACUAAACCAGCCCCGUCAACAGCGCCACCUGCUGUGUUGCCCCGCACCACGCCGAUUACCUCCGAACCCAGCUCCAGUUCCUCAGUGAUGGAGGAGGACGAGGAGCUUGAGAGAGCAAUGCUGAGUCUGUCGCCAUCAAAGUUUCAGGCCCAGCCGAGUUCACCAGUUGAAGUUGUCAGAGCCCAAGCUGUGUCUGUGCCGAGAGUGAGGAGUAGGCCAGAGCCUACUGCUACACUCUCCAGGCCGGCCGACGACUCCCAUGGGACUGCUUCUGCCUCUCCUUCGGCGGCAGGGAAGGUCCCACUGCCAAUUCCUCCUGAGCUGCUGGCGUUGGUUCCAUCCUCUCUGCCAACACCUGGGACAGAACAACAGGAACAGGGUCACAGCAAGCCAGCAGUACGACGCUCACCUCCAUCACCAAAGAGACAAACCGUCACAUCUCCCAGUAUUGGUUCCGUAUCACAGGGUGUGUGGUCCUCUGCCCCUGUCAGAGAUGAGCAGGAAACUGCAUUGGCUGAAGCUCUGGCACACCCUACCACGGCUCAGCAGCACCCAAGACCCCUCACCCACCCUGCACCCUCUCCUCCAGCUCUCUCUGCCCAGCCUGCCCACCCAGCAUCGGCCUACAGCUAUGAUCAGGAUGUUCGCCAAUGGAACUGCUCUCUCCAGCAGCGUAUUUGGAUGAAGACUGAACUGGAAGCUUUGGGGCUCUGGCCAGGGUCCCGACCAGUGCGCCACCUGAUGAACAUGGUGUCCCUGUGGCGUCAUCCACCUCAGCCGGAGUUAAUUGAGACCAGCUCUAAGCUUCCGUCUCCUAAGCACUUUCAGCUCCACCCCUUCUUCAUCUGGAAGCCAGAGCAUGCGAUCAUGGAGAGAGUCAGGAACAACUACAUCCUGCCCUGUCUGUAUGGGUGUGCCUCCCCACAGGUUUUGUCUGCAGGUGUCGGAAGGCCUCGUGUGAUUGUUGGCACCAGUGGCCAGUACUACAUCUUCGCCUCCCGACUUACCUGCAAAGUCUGUAGGCGCUACUGGUUUGCAGACAAACCACAGUGGUUGGAAACACUUCCCAGGAGGUUCACCAACAUCCUCCCGGCCUUCCUCACACACAAGAAGGCCAUCUGCAAGACCGUCAUGGAUGAGCUGAGAAGAACCGGCAAGUCCCCAAACGAUAUGGCCAACCAGGUGACAGAGUUGCUGCACUUAAAAUAUGAGCGUGCCAACCUGGCCUACCUCCUGGCAGUGCAGAACAUUAGGGAUGCGGAAGCAGGGCUCUAUGGGCAGGCUACCAUCACUGGCUAUCGGCAACAAGCGGAUUCUCCUGCACCCUUUGGCCAGUAUGAGGACCAAGAUGGCUGGUAUGGAGUCUCUGUGUCUUCGCACUACCUGACGGACUACCUCCUACAGGAGUUCCAGCGGCAGGAGGCGGCAUUUACCCAGCUCCUCCAGGGAACAUUUGGACAGGUCUUCCGGUCAGACCACACACGCCGAAUGGCUAGGAAGGUUACCAUCUCAUCUGGCACUAUGUCAUCAUAUGCCAUAAUGAAUGAGAACUGGAUGAUCCUGUCCUGGGUGAUGCUGCAGUCAGAGUGUGACAAGUCGCUCGAGCCCAUGUACGAGGGCCUGGCCAACCGCUACAGCGCUGCUGGGGUGGAGAAGGCAAAGUACCAGUGGGUGGACAGAGACUGCUGUGCUCCAUUUCGAGUCGCGGACCCGCAGCCCUUUGAGCACCUUCAGUGGGUUUCCUGGCAGACCACCGAUGCCAUCGUGGUACAGGCCACCUCUGGUAGCCUGAUCAGCACCUGCGCAUCUCGGAGCAAGUUCAACCAGGACAUUGCUAUCAGGCUGGACUUGUUUCACUGCAUGCGCAGGUUCACCAGGGAGUGUGUGUCUGAGCAUCAUCCACUCUAUAGCACAUUCUGCAAGUUCCUGUCUGCGGCAUUCACUGUUGUGGACCAGGGAGACUUGCAGAAGCUGAAAGUGGCCUACAGAUUCUGUGGGAUUGUGCCUGCUGAACCCACCAAGCAGCACAUAAGGGAGCACUGCAGGAUGAAGGUGCCGUGUCCGAGGGAGCUCGUGCAGAGAGUGGAGGGUGUCCUUCGCCAUUUCCAUCUGGCCAAGGACCCUAACGACACCCUGCUGUACAAGCCCUCCAUGCUGAAGAUGUGGAGGAUCCAGCGAGUCCACAUUUUGAGAGGCUGCCUCAGCGACGCAGAGGUAGAGGAUGGGGUCCUGUACAGGUACGGGGGCACUGUGCAGCUCAACCACGUGAAGGGGGAAGGAGCCACUGUGCCAGUCUGGAUCCCCAUCAGGGGCACAUCUCAACAGGAGGGCUUCCACUUUCACCAGGCCCGUUGGGUGACUGGGAACCAGGUCUCCAACGAGCUGUUCCAGGCUCAGGGGUUAGCUGGAGUGGCGCGAUGGAAUUUCCAGAGGCUGGUGGACUUGGAGCUGCCUGAAGUGGUGCUACCGGCAAUGUUUGACCCUGUUUUGGUAUGUGAACUCAACCAGGCUUCUGAGAAGGUGAUGGGGCAGUUUAAAUACCCAGCACUGCACAUCACUGGCAGGGACACAGGAGAGAGGUUUGGACUGCAGUACCUGGAGCCAGGCUGCCGUCCAGUUCCUUUGGACUGGCAGAAGCAUAAAACCCAAAAGACAGUCCUCCCUCCUCCUGUGGAGACACAGCUGCCUUCCACCCAGGCAUUGUCUGCGCCACCUGUGGUACUUCACUUCCCACCCACAGUUGAAGAUAAGAGGGACACAGACACCGCACAGAGCUUUGAGAGCGGUGAGCCGUCCGUUGAACUGGACCCAUCCCUGACAGCACGGACCCUGCCCUCACCACAGUCCUCGCAACAGACAGCCUUUUGCCACCCAAAACUGUCCACAAAACAGGAAGAGGAGAGCAACAUUCUCUCUUUAAUGGACACAGGUCUGCAAAGCACUUCUCCCCUGCCACAAGCUGCCUCUCCCAGAGCUGCGCGCACAGGUCCAGUAAAGACAGGAGGGCUGGUCUAUGUCUUGGACCACAACAGGUGGCCAUCACCCAUGACAGCAGUCAUUGAUGGACUCCUGGCGAAGCACAGGGGAGAGAAGGAUUUCCUGCAGCAGGUGGACAGAGACUAUGCUGCUCUGGUGCAGAGUACCUGCUCUGACCCCAACAGUCUCCUGCACCCCACCACAAGGCAGCAUAUUUCACGGUAUGUGAAGUACUUGGCCAAGAAGACAAAUGCCAGUACCUCCUUGAACACCAGCCCCGAGAAGCUGCAGGAGACCCAGCAGCUGUGGCAGCAUCUGACUGCAGGGAGUCAGACUGUCCCAGUCGUCACCCUGCCUUCAGCCCUUAUAAACCCAGUCACAUCUCAUGGUAGCGACACCCAGGGAGCCCCUGUGACCAAGGCCACAGUGGAAAAGCUGGUGCAAGAGAUCUUGCAGCAACAGCAGGCAGCGAUGCAACCUCAAAAAAAAAAAACGAGGAACUGCCUUGCCUGUGGCCAGCCGAAAUCACGGUACCUGGGUGAUGGCUCCUCCAUCCAUCACUUCUAUCAGAGCGGAGAGGUGAAGUUCUUCUACUGCUCCACCAGGAUGUACCAGACGUAUGCAGGAGAAGGACUCACCAACCCCAGGAUGCCCUUUCUGGAUUUUACUAAGACCCCUUUUUUCCAGAGGGAGCUGGAGGCCUCAAGACAGAGGGGAACAGAGCGGAAGCGUGUGCUGGAGGAGAGGGAAAAGAGGAAAUCUGUGGAAGCACUGCCUUCAGGCCGCCUCUGCAGGUUUUGCCACCAGCCUAUCAAGCAGGGCCCCAAUAGCCCUCAUGUACAUACGUGCUUCCCUGGGGUGGCAGGGAAGUACAUAUACUGCCCUGCUAAGCUGCCCAGGGCUUCUGACAGUAGGGCAGAGGUCACGGGCACCCGGGACAUGGGCCGCCAGUUUGGACCCAAUCCACCACUGAGCGGAUUCAUAGCAGGGCUGAGACUGUAUCAGCUUGGACAUGGGCCGCCAGUUUGGAGCUGA